AUGCCCAUCCAGAUAUUCUGCACCAUCUCCUUCACUCCAAACCAAGAGAGAAACACAGUCAAGGAUGCAGCUGAGAGUAAUGGUGACAAGUUCCUCUACAGCCGACAUGAAGUGGAAGACAUGGAGGUGGACUACGAAGAUGCAGCAGAACUGGAGGGAAAGGAAGAAGGUGCUCCAGAUUUGAUAACCUUUGCCAACAGCUGCACCUUGCAUGGGGCCAGCCACAUCUUCGUGGAGAGUGGCUUUGGGGUGCGCCAGGCGCUCUGGACUGGUGCGUUCCUGUUCUCGCUGUCCAUUUUCCUGUACCAGGUGAUUGGGCGAAUAUUCUACUAUCUGGAGUACCAUCACAUAACGCAGCUGGAUGAACAGGAGAGCUCCCAGAUGACUUUCCCUGCCGUCACUUUCUGCAACUUCAACCGCAUUCGUGUUUCUCAGCUCACCUAUAGUGACUUGUUAUAUAUUUCCCCACUUGUGGGCUAUGACGAUCUCCCUUUGGAAGCAGGAUUCCCUCUGGUCCCACCUGCCUUUGAGAUACCCGAUGAACCUCUGAAUUUGUAUAACUUUUUUGAUCGAAACAGCCAUCAGCUUGAGGACAUGAUGCUGACCUGCAAAUACCGUGGUGAGCCCUGCAGGCCUGACGACUUCUCCGUG